UUAUAGAUAAAAUUGUGAUUUUUAUUAAAUUUGGGUUUAAACGCAGACAACGAAAUCAGUGGGUGCUGCAGAACUGAUCCGCGGCCAAGUGAAAAUCCCCGAGAGCUCCAACCGCAACACACAGCAGCAGCGAUGGGGGAGGAGAAGCGGCACCAGAUGAUGCAGAACCUGUUCGGAGAUCAAUCCGAAGAGGAAGAGGAAGAGGUCGAUUCCGAGCACGAGUCCAAUCCCCAGCCCAAUUCUGAUGAAGGAGAGGGCGCUGUGGAGGCUGAGGGUGAAGGUGAAGUAGAGGGUCAGGGGGAGGUGGAAGUGGAGAGUGAUGUUGAGCAGCGUAAUGCUGAUCCUGAUCCAGGAGAAAGUGAGGGCGAAAGAGAACAAAGUUCCCAAGAAGUAGACAUUGGUGAUCAUAGAGAAGAAAGUGAAGGAAAAUAUACAGACACAGAUGAAAAAGAAGAGUUAACCAGCCGGAGACGAAAUGUGAUUGAAAGUGGGUCUGAGAGAUCUGAGGAAAACCAUUACCCUGACAAUGAAGACGAGGUUAAUCAGGCCAUAAGUCCAAGAUCCCCUGAGGAGGAGGAGGAACAUACUAACAUCGCACACUCUGCUGUUCGCAAUGUAUUUGGUGACUCUGAUGAAGAAGAAGAAGAAGAGACAGAUUUUCGGAAUGACAUUCAGCAUGAAUCAAAUAGAUCACCAAUGGAAGAGGAAGGAAGCUAUGGAAGGAGUCCAAUACUAGAGGAUGUAAUGCCUGAUGAAGAUGCUAGAUAUGAUUCAGAAGAGGACAAUAUGGAGGCUAAACCUAGAGAUAAACCGGUUGGCCCCCCAUUGGAGCUAGAGAUUCCACUACGUCCACCUCCUGCUCGUCCAGAAAAGAUGAACAUGAUCAAAGUUUCAAAUAUCAUGGGCAUCGACCCCAAACCGUUUGAUCCAAAGACAUAUGUGGAAGAAGAUACGUUUGUGACAGAUGAAUCAGGAUCUAAGAAGCGUAUACGUUUGGAGAACAAUAUUGUGCGCUGGAGGAGGGUUAGAAAUCCAGAUGGCACCACAACUAGUGAAAGCAACACACGCUUUGUGAGAUGGUCUGAUGGCAGUUUGCAGCUGUUGAUUGGGAAUGAAGUUCUAGACAUAUCUGUGCAAGAAGCACAGCAUGAUCAAGCGCACCUAUUUCUCAGGCACGAAAAGGGAAUCCUCCAAUCACAAGGAAAAGUUCUGAAGAAGAUGAGGUUCAUGCCAUCAUCCUUGACAUCAAAUUCACAUCGACUGCUAACUGCUCUGGUAGAUUCUCGACAUAAAAAAGUAUACAAGGUCAAGAACUGCGUUACUGACAUCGAUCCUGAGAGAGAAAAGGAGGAGAAAGAAAGGGUCGAAAGUCAAAAUAUCAGAGCUAAUUUAAUUCUUAAUCGGAAGAGGGAGAAGGUGAGCCGAAAGUAUACAACAACUGGGGACAGGAGGCGCCAACUUUCACCUGGUUUCUUGGAAGAUGCUCUUGAUGAGGAUGAAGAACCAAAUUAUCAUGAGUCUCGUCAUUCUCGCCGCCAUAUGGAGGAGGAUUUCGAAAUGGAAGCUCGAAGAGAGAAACGCAUUUUGAAUGCUAAGAAGGGACCUAAAGACAUCCCUCGCAAGUCAUCCUUGCCAACUGCCAAAUCAUCUCGGCGUUCAAUGGGUUUGUCUGAUAGUGAGAAAGACGAGUCUGAGUAUGAAACUGAUGGGGAAGAUGAUGAGCCUCCACAUAAGAUGGCUGAGGAUUCAGAGCCAGAGUAUGAAGAUUCAGAAGAAGAAGAUGACGAAGAACAUCAUGAUGCCGAGGUUAAUGAUGCCUCAGAGUUGGAGGCCGAGGCACCCAAGCAAAAGGUUAAGGACUCUGGACACAAGCACAAGGCAAUCGAGUCAGAUGAAGACUCACCUCCAAGGAAGGCCGCACCACAUCGCAGAAUGGCUGUUGUUUAUGAUAGUGAUGAGGACUAAAACCUUCGGUUGGAUGAUUUCCAACAACUCGGUUAGGCUUAAGCCCGUUCAUCCCGGGUGGAUGAAUCAGAGACGAAACCAAAGUGCCAUCGAUUCAAAGACGACAUGAAUUGCCCGUCGCAACUGGGUCUCGGAGCCAAAAAUAACAGCCGGUCGUGUUUAUGCUUCUUCAAAUGUUUGCUAUGGUGUUAGAACUUUGUUUUGUGUAUAUAUAACAAGUAGUUUGCUACACUGGCAAAAUUGAUGUGAAUUCGGGAGAUCUGUCAAACAGUUUUUGCCCCCUCGAAAAUGAAUAAUCUUGUUGUAUGUAGCAAAUUGCUUCAUGGGAAAGAAACGUAGAAUUAUUGUGGCCGUGA